GCUCUGUCAGCCCGGGUGGUGGUGUGUUACGUAAGCGGCCGCGGUGUCUCUUCCUCCUCUCAGCCGGUCAGAAUGGCAACGAUCAGGGCUCUCAGGAAACUGUGCCAACACUCCCAGCAUCAAGUCUGUAAACUGCACACGACCGCCUCGAGACAGGAGGCGGUGGUCAUCUCAGGAAGGAAACUAGCACGACAGAUUCGAGAGGAGACCCGGGCCGACGUGGAUAAAUGGGUUUCAGCCGGCCACAGGAGACCCCAUCUGAGUGUGAUUCUGGUGGGAGAAAACCCAGGCAGUCACUCCUACGUCCUGAAUAAGACACGAGCUGCAGCUGAUGUCGGAAUCUCUAGUGAGACGAUUCUCAAGCAUUCAGACAUCAGUGAGGAGGAGUUAUUGGACCUGAUCUACAAAAUCAACACAGACCAUCGUGUGGACGGCCUGCUGGUCCAGCUGCCUCUGCCAGAUCACAUUGAUGAGCGUGCAAUCUGCAAUGCAGUUUCCCCAACCAAGGAUGUGGACGGCUUCCACGUCCUAAAUGUGGGUCGCAUGUGCCUGGAUCAGUCCACCAUGCUCCCUGCCACUCCCUGGGGAGUCUGGGAAAUUAUUACUCGCACAGGUAUUCCUACUAUUGGGAAGAAUGUUGUAGUUGCAGGACGCUCCAAGAAUGUGGGCAUGCCCAUCGCCAUGUUACUGCAUACGGACGGCCGUCAUGAGAGGCCCGGAGGCGAUGCCACGGUCACUAUUUCUCACCGUUACACUCCAAAGGAUCAACUUCGCCAACACACUAAAAUCGCUGAUAUCGUUGUGGCAGCUGCAGGGAUUCCAAACCUCAUUACCGCGGACAUGAUCAAAGAGGGAGCAGCGGUGAUCGACGUUGGAAUAAACAGAGUGCAGGACCCGGUCACCGGAAAAAGCCGACUGGUUGGAGAUGUGGAUUUUGAAGGCGUGAGACAGAAGGCGGGCUUCAUCACCCCUGUGCCCGGAGGUGUGGGACCCAUGACCGUGGCAAUGCUAAUGAAGAACACUAUCAAAGCGGCUAAGAACGUUCUGUUAUAUCCCCAAGAGAGGAUCCGCAUGGCGGCUGCGUCCUAAUGGGCUGAAGAAAAUCCAAGCCACUGCGACACAUUCCACCCCCUCAUUUGUUACUUGGAGCAACCUGACGAGCUCCCCUUGCACAUGGACUGGAAAGAUGAUAGCUUCAAGGCUCUCUUCCUGCUGACAUCUGUCCUAACUUCAAGUCCAGCCAUGUUCCGACUGUUACAUUCACUCAUGCAGCUGCAACUUUUAUGUUUCAGUAUUCAUGAUGCAAUGUUUUGCUUUGGACUUUUAAGGAAUCAAGAACCAUUUUAUUUAUUGCCACGUUGACAUACUAUUUAAGCAUGGAUGGAUGCAGCAUUUUAAACGGAGCCUUUCAGGCCUGUCUGUUGUGCUUCUUUCCGUUAGUUUAGCCUUAAGUACCAAGAGUGACGAGGGCUAACACCAUCAGGAACACGUAUGUUUGUCAAUAAAUGAGCUUUAAAGAUUCACAAUUGCCUUUGUAAAAAUUUUGAAAUAAAUAUUGGAAAUAUG